AUGAGCAAACCACUGCUGUGGCAGCAAUUUGAGCUUAAUCUGGCUACUGGAGAGUCCUUGGGGGCAGGAAUUUUCUGCCUGUGGCCACUGGGCUUGAUAGAUCCUCCAUCCAUCCAUCCAUCCAUCCCCAGUUUUGUGCUCCUAAGGAUAUUCCCAGAGGUGCCUGAUGGAUGUUUUUGUGCUUCUUUUGCAGCUUUCUCCCUGACCUGCUUCUCGUGCAAAGAUGCAACUUCCAACAUCCACUGUCUUGGCACCACCAAAUGCUCAGAUAACGAGAAGUAUUGUCUGACAUCCUAUUCUACCACUGGAAUUGGCAAUGACCGGAGCCAGAGAAUCACCAAGAAAUGUUCUGCGUUUUGCCCAUCGAUUGACGUGAACAUCGGCAUCGCUGGAGUCGCCACCAGCUGCUGCGAGACCUCCUUGUGCAACAUCAGCGGGGCCAGCAGCGUGAAAACCAGUUCCACCAUCCUCACCCUGGGGGUCCUGGCCAGUCUCGCAUGCAUCCUCAGGAUGGGUUUUUGAGGGGUUUUCAGAGAAAAUGAGCUGCUUGGCUUUGCAUGGCAUGGUUCAAGCUGCGGUCCAUCAGGUGGGAAUGCUGCCCUGUGCCUCCUACCUGGAAGGUCACCUCCCAUCUGGAGAUAUUUUUGCUCUUUCCACGCUCUGAUGACAACACAAAAUGAUGUUUGGGAGAGAAAGGGGUAAAAUGGAGCCCUGCAGGUGCAGAAUGACCCCAUGUGGUCACUGUCUCUCCUACUUCUGGCAUUUAUAAUUCUGUGCAUUUUUUGCCUUUCAUUUUAUCCCCGCCAUUCUCUUGUGCCAUUUUCUUCCCAUUUUCCACCCUGUAUCAUUUUGCUCCAAGAAAGCCUUUAAUAUUCUGGUUGUUAAACAGAAACUGGGCACAAUAAAGUGUUAUUUUAUUCUAUUGUGUGGCUGUGUGGUGUGGCACAUUGGGCGUAGUUGCUGGAUGUAUCCAUGUUAUGGGAUAAAAGUGGAGGCGUUCGCCUGCAAAUUGAAUGGGAAUAAUGCUGAAAUAUAUUAAAAUUACUUUGCAUUCACUUCAGGAAGCCUCUCCUCAGAUUUUAUUUUUCUGCACUGGCAGAAAUGGCAUCUUUGUGACUCUAUUUCGGAAUAAACUGAAUUCUAUUUAA